CGGUGUUUUACUUAUAUUUAGAAUGAUUUUUUAGAGAGAAAUAAAUAUCAACACAAAUGGCAAUAUAUAUGAUACAUUUUCGGCAAUACCAUUUUAGAGUAAUUGAAUAUUUAUUUCACAUAUGUUUUUAGCUUAGUUGUAGAUUUUUUUACUUUAGUUGAAAACAAUAUUGUGUUUUUUUAAUCAAUGCAAUUAAAAUUAUCAAUAUUAUUUUAUGCAUCUCAUAAAAAAGUUAGAGAAAUGAAUUAAUUAAAAAAAUUUAGAGGGCUCAAAAGCCCUGCAAGCAUAUUUCUUAGAGGGCUCAAAACCCUCCAAAAAUGGCUUUCCUCCGAAGCAGUCGUUCUCAGAGUUUGCCCUCCGCCGUUCAAAAGCUCCGAUCCCAUUCCGCUUCUUCCAAUGUCGGCCGGAUUUCGCGUCUUCCCGAAAUUCAUCGGAGAUCGAUUUCAUUUUCCAGUCUCUUCCGCUCCAAAAUUGAUUCUGAUUCGGACAAGGUUGACGUUGUCGCCGAGGAGGAGAAGAAGAAGAAACCGCUGGAUAUCUUCUACAGAGAAGCCGUCGGGAUUGUUCAAGAUCCUAGCCACGGCGGGGACGCGGAGGUGAGCCAUCCCGCGAGGUGUGAAUUGACAGAUCUGGAAGAAGAGGUCAGGGUUUUGCAAGAGAAGCGAGAAAUUGCGAUGCAGGAAAAGAUUGAGAGAAGAAAAAUGGAAAUACAGAAGGUGUCUAAGAAGGAUGAUGAUUCUGGAAACCAAUCUAAGGUUUAUAAUCUGCACAAACUGUUUGUAAAAGUGCCAUCGAAAAGCUCAAAGGCACCGGCAGUUAAGAAUCAUAUGAUCGGGAAGACACUAUCGCCGGAGAUGGCCGAGCUUGUGACUCACUUGUAUGAGGAAGGGUACUUCAAAAAUGCAAACUUUGUUAAUCACAAGAAGCUUGACAUUACUUGCUUUGAGCAGAGCUACGCUUGGGAAUACAUCAAGCACGCCGUUAGAAAAUUUGCAGAGGACAAACAAGAAGUUGCCAAGUGGCUGUCUGCUGAAGACUUGAAGAAGGUGGCCCUCUUUGGUUGCCCUUCUGUUGUGAAGAAGGAUGUAUAUUCUGCUAAAUUGUUGCGUAGGUUCUUCAAGAUCCAAGAAGACACAGUGUGUGGAAAAUGUGCUUUGAGAGACUCAUGUAAGUUUGAGAAUAAGACUAUGUGGAGAGGUGAUGAAGCCAAACAGCUUUAUCUGCAUCAUGUGACGAGGAUCAUCACGCUCUAUGCCUCGGAACCAGUACCUCAGGAACUGGUUCUUACGCCAGAACUUAAGGAAUCAGUUAACCGGUUGCUCCGGGAGGUUAUCAACCUUAGCAAGACUUGUUCUGCCAAACGCGACUCGGACGACGUUGGCAUUCCAACCACUUUCAACUAGUCUGGAAAUCAUCUCCUCCACGGUUUUUUGUGGGAUGUGUUUUCUUGACCCGAUGGUGCAAGCCCGUGUGCUUUUGGCUAUGUUUGGCAUUAGCUUCACCGUUUUGAAAAUGUUUUUGGUUUCAGUUUUUUCAAAAUUGAUCUGCAUUAUUAACAUAUUAUUCAAAAUGCGCGGGUUCCCGUCGACUACCCAUGGGGGGACUACCGUGGCACCUACAAGGAAGAUUGCGAGGGGAGGCGAGCAGAGCUACAAAGAUGUGGUGGAUCGGGGUGAUAUCCGUCAGCGCCUUCCUGGUCCACUUUGCGAAGACUUGGGUUCCUGG